AUGAAUGAGCCGGUCGAUGUUUUAAAGCCUCCUGUCCUUUGCUUCGCAGUGACGGACGCCGAGAUGACUAACUGUACCCUAUUGUCCUAUGCUGUUCGAAAUGCACGUCUGAGUGUUAUCGAACUACUGCUGGACCGUGGAGGGGAUGUGCGAAAAGGACAACUUCUUCAGUAUGCCGUUUUCCGAGACGAGGAGCUUGAAGAUGUCAUAUCGCUGCUCGUCGAACGAGGUGCCCCUUUGAACGCGACAAUGUAUCAGGAUGGCCCGACUCUGAUGCGAUUCUUUCCUAUGAGCCUAGGGACUGCGUUGCACGUAGCAACAGAGCAGGGAAAGACGAAUGCGAUCCGCCUUCUGAUCCAUCUUGGAGCAGACACUGGCGUGAAGGACGCGAAUGGUGAUACUGCUUUAGAAUGGGCACAAAAACGGGAUAAAACAGAAAUGGUGCGGCUGUUGAGAGACUUACAAGACCGUUCCUAA